GGUCAAGAAGAUACUGUACGUGCACAUCAGCGAAAGUGCCGCUAAUUUGACAAGCCCAGCUGUCGAAUAAUAGCUGAAACCCAGUGAGCUCACACGGGGUAGGACAUAUCCGAAGAACGUUCACCAUUUCCUAUUCCGCUGUUUCGGCAAAACCACUCGCUUCGCCCUGCCAGCACAUUUGCCGCUACGGUUCAGAGUACGUAGUAACAGGUCUCCGUUACCCCUGACGGCCCGCCGUCAGAAUGGCCGGCCGCCAGCCCAGCUGUUCACCCGGCUGCUUGCCGCUAGAGGCCGUUUGCUUCGUGCCUUCGGGGGGGGUCGCCGGCGACGUGUAUUCGCGACUAGACGAUGAAACGCGGGAAGAACGCAUGGCGGAAGCCGAACAGCGAGAAACCCUAGAAAAUCGUCAGGGUGGGGGGCGCAUGUCGAACGGAGGAGAACAGAUGGCGGAUUUCGCUGGCCCGUCUGACAGAGCGCGCCAAUGCGACGAUGGUCGGGGAGCAGCGACGGGUCCAGAGCGCGCCAAUUCGGGCUUCGGCGGCGGAGAGGGGCGCAGUGGCGGAGAAGAGAGGAGAGCGGAAGGACGCGGGGGGAAGAGCGGGGACGGUGAUGGGUUGGCUGGGGGGAAGGCCACGUGGCAGGCGCGGAGUGGCCUGCGGCUGCGGCCGCGAUUUAAGGGACCCUCGGACCGCGUGGCGAAGCGAGUGGACGCCCCCGAUGACGUGCUUGCGAGCUACGACGACGCUUUUCUCUUCGGCCGCAUCCCCCUGCCCAUGCGCCUGCGAGCCAUGCUCUCCAAGGGACCGCUCGCUCGCCUCUUCCAGAUUCUGGACGUGGUGGCGACGAUGGGGUCCGUCUCGCUCUAUGUGUGGCACACCUACAAUCCCGACAACAGCGUGGAGUGGAUGGUCACUCUGCAGACCGUCUUCAGCUCCUUCUUCCUGCUCGACUAUGUCAUCAACAUCUUCAGUGCAUACUCGUGGGUGCACUACGUCAUCUCGUGGCAUGGCCUGCUGGACCUCAUCUCGCUGCUGCCCCUCGUCCUCAUCCGCCUGAACCGCGAUGUGGGCAGCAGCAGCACCAGCGUGCGCCUGCCGCAGCUCCUCACCUUCCUUCGAGUCAUCCGCACCAUAUCCAUCGUGAAGGCGGCGCUCACCAUGCGCAACACAAUCGCCAAAGAGAUCAUUGCCCUCGGGUUCACUCUCUUCACCACCUUGCUGGUGGGAGCGGGCAUAUUCCAGUUCGCGGAGUACUGGGGCACAAGUGACGCGUAUAAGACGGAGCACGAGUGCCCUCAGAGUGGCUGCACCAACUUCUUCGACUCCUUCUACUUCAUGGUCGUCACGGUGGCAACAGUGGGGUAUGGUGACGUGACGCCGCACUCCGCCUGGGGUCGCGUGGUAACCGUGUUCACCAUAUUCGGCGCGCUCACCUAUAUUCCGCUGCAGGUCAACCGCCUCGUGCAGCUCGCCUCCAACCGUCCCUACGGCGGAUCGCUGUCGCGCUACCGCACGGUGGGGGUGCGCUUUGUGGUGAUCUGGGGGGUGUCAUCCGUGCAGUGCGCUCGCGACCUGCUCUCCUCCUUCUUUUCCCCGCUGCACAACGGCAGUCAGUGCACCCACCUCCUUCACGCAUUGACCCUCUUGGCCCCGUUAACUUGGGCACUGUGAUCCCACUGCUUGCCACUCCAAUCUCUCUCAUGCGCUCGUGACCUGCUCUGCUCCUUCGUCUCGCUGCUGCGAAACGGCAGGCAGUGCAUUUACCUCGUUUUGCUGACUCUGCAGCCUAGAUUGACUUUGUUG